UUCUCACAGCAGCAGCCAGCAGUAACUCGCCUGAUUCACAACCUCCUCAGCAGCAUACGCUGACGGUGUGACUCGCUAAGGAAUACAUUCUCGCUGUAUUCCAGCCACGAUUGCGCAGGCAACGAUUGCCACGCGAAGGCUCGUAUCCCUCGCGGGAAUUCUUCAGGCGAAGAUGGUUGAGAAGUCGUUCAAGUAUGUCAUUCUCGGAGGCGGCGUUGCUGCGGGUUAUGGAGCGGCAGAAUUCGCUAAGCAGGGCCUGAAGGCUGGCGAGCUUGCCAUCGUGUCGCGAGAAGCGGUGGUUCCCUAUGAGCGGCCGGCGUUGAGCAAAGGCUACCUCUUCCCGCAAUCGCCUGCACGACUGCCUGGGUUCCACACGUGCGUUGGCGGCGGAGGCGAGCGACAGGCCCCCGAAUGGUACUCGGAGAAAGGCAUUGAGCUGAUCUUGAACACGGAGGUGGUGUCGGCUGACCUGGCUGGCAAGAAGCUCUCGACUGCAUCUGGGGACACCAUCGCCUUCACCAAUCUCAUCAUUGCCACCGGUGCCGAUACCAUCAAGCUGACGGACUUCAAGACCCCCGGCGCGGACGCCAAGGGCAUCUACUACCUGCGGGAGAUCAAGGAGGCGGACGAGCUGUACGCGGCCAUCCAGGCCAAGAAGGGCGGCAAGGCCGUGGUGGUGGGCGGCGGGUACAUCGGGCUGGAGCUGGCUGCCAUCCUCGCCAUGAACGAUAUCAAGGCCACCAUGGUCUUCCCCGAGCCUUUCUGCAUGCCGCGUCUGUUCACCCCUGAGCUGGCGGCCUUCUAUGAGGGCUACUACGAGGGCAAGGGCGUGACCAUUGUCAAGGGCACUGUCGCCACGGCCUUUGCUGCGGACGCGGAGGGGCAUGUGAAGAGUGUGACCUUGAAGAGUGGGGAGACGCUGGACGCCGAUCUGGUGGUGGUGGGCGUGGGCGCGCGGCCCAACGUGGGGCUGUUCAAAGACCAGCUCACAUUCGACAAGGGCGGCAUCAAGGUGGAUGCUCGGUUCCUUACCAACGCCCCCGGCGUAUAUGCAGUGGGCGACGUUGCCACGUUCCCCAUGAUCAAGUAUGGCGAUGAGCGGCGUGUGGAGCAUGUGGACCACGCCAGGAAGUCAGUGGCGCAGGCCGUGAAGGCAAUCAAGGCAGCAGAGGCAGGCGAGCAGGUGGCAGACUAUUCCUACCUGCCGUACUUCUACUCGCGCUCCUUCGACCUCUCCUGGCAGUUCUACGGGGAAAACGUGGGCGAGCCUGUGCACUAUGGGCUCACGGCCGGGAAGGCAGAUGCUGCUCCUGCCAAGUUUGGCGCCUACUGGGUGAAGGAUGGGAAGGUGGUGGGGGCUUUCUUGGAGGGCGGGAGCGGGGAUGAGAACAAGGCAAUUGCGAAGGCGGCUCUGGAGCAGCCGGCUGUGGAGAGUGUGGAGAAGCUGGCAGGGGAGGGGCUGGGUUUUGCCCUCAAAGUAUGAGAGAGGGCCAGGAGGUUGGUGUGUUUCUUGGAAGGCGAGAAAGGGGAUGAGAUGAACGCAAUCGAUCGCGAAGGUAGCUCAAGAAGGAUAGAUUACUGGAGUGAAAUGAAAUGUUGCAGUCUGCAGUGUAGCUUCAUAUUGUGCGUAUGUUACUCUGAGUUGCUUAUACAUGCCUAUUACAUAUAUGAU